AAGCAAAAUUUGACUCCUCACUGUAAUAGGUAUAACGCAAUUUGUUGCUCCUCUGGUUUCAACAGUUCGCAAGUUUUAAGUUGACGGCAACACUGGCUGUGUCUUCUUCUUUCUCUCCGGCAAGAAUCACGAUGUCGACUGGAACGCUUUACACUUAUCCCGAAAACUUCCGUGCCUACAAGGCGCUGAUUGCUGCCCAAUACUCGGGCGCUAAGGUGACAGUGGCCGAGAACUUCAAUUUUGGCGAGACCAACAAAUCGGAGCAAUUCCUAAAGAAGUUCCCCAGCGGCAAGGUGCCAGCUUUUGAGACCGCUGAUGGCAAAUAUCUGAGCGAGUCGAAUGCCAUUGCUUACUUUUUGGCAACCGAACAGCUGCGCGGUGGCAAGUGCCCCUUUGUCCAGGCUCAAGUCCAGCAAUGGAUCUCGUUUGCUGACAACGAAAUCGUGCCCGUCUCCUGUGCCUGGGUGUUCCCACUGCUCGGCAUUCUGCCACAGCAGAAGAACUCCACGGCCAAGCAGGAUGCCGAAUUGGUGCUGCAGCAGCUGAACAAGAAGCUGAUCGAUGCCACCUAUUUGGCCGGUGAGCGCAUCACACUGGCCGACAUUGUUGUGUUCAGCAGCCUGUUGCAUCUGUUCGAGAGCGUGCUGGAACCAAGCGUACGUAGCGCUUAUCCCAGCCUGACUCGUUGGUUCCUCACCAUCCUUAACCAGCCACAGGUGCAGGCUGUGCUCAAGGAUUACAAACUGUGCGAGAAGGCAUUAGUCUUUGAUCCCAAGAAGUAUGCUGAAUUCCAGGCCAAGAACAAGACUGGCGCUGCCGCACAGCCCGCUAAGCCCAAGGAGGAGAAGAAGCCCAAGGAGAAGAAGGAGCCGGCACCCAAGAAGGAGAAGGAACCCGCCGAGGAGCUGGAUGCUGCCGAUGAGGCUUUGGCUCUGGAGCCCAAGUCCAAGGAUCCCUUCGAUUCCCUGCCUAAGGGCACCUUCAAUUUCGAUGACUUCAAGCGCGUCUAUUCCAACGAGGAAGAGGCCAAGUCCAUUCCUUACUUCUUUGAGAAAUUCGAUGCCGAGAACUAUUCGAUCUGGUUGGGCGAAUACAAAUACAACGAUGAACUGUCCAAGGUGUUCAUGUCGUGCAAUCUGAUUACCGGCAUGUUCCAGCGUCUGGACAAGAUGCGCAAACAGGCAUUCGCCUCCGUCUGCCUUUUCGGCGAGGACAACAACAGCACCAUCUCUGGCAUUUGGGUGUGGCGUGGACAGGAGCUCGCCUUCACUCUGUCGCCCGAUUGGCAGAUCGAUUAUGAGGUGUACGACUGGAAGAAACUGGAUGCCAAGAGCGAGGAGACCAAGAAGCUGGUAACACAAUACUUCUCGUGGGCCGGCGCCGAUAAGGAAGGUCGCAAGUUCAACCAGGGCAAGAUUUUCAAAUAAAAUGCAACACACACAACACAAUUUUUUGAGAUUCACAAUAUGCAGCAAAAAUUAAAAAUAAAGCAAGCACGAUGCGCCCCUUAUAGCUAAGUUCCAACUGAUUAGUAAUAACGAGAGAGACAGAGAGAACAUGGAGAUGGAGAGAUGAUACAGAGAACGAGGAGACAUCGGGGACAUCGUGUGCUUAAGAAUACAAAUAUAUAUGUCCUGGUUUUGCUCAGCAAACACCACAAUUUGCCUUCUGCAUUUUUGUAUUUCAAACGAGAAUUGUUUUUGUCACUUUGCGUUUCAACAUGGAAAUUAUUGAUUGUCAUCAGCCAGGAUUAAUAAUUUAUGCCACACAAUGAAUAAAAUAAAUAUGCGUUUUCUACUCAAGUAAAAUAA